AGUGACAUAAAGUGACACGACCAGCUCAGGUCCGCAGAGUAAAAGGUACAUUUCGGACUCAGUACCCGCGAGACCGGCCGCGUUAGUGCACGUGUUUGAACCGGAUUAAAAAAAAAAUAAGCCCGCCAAAACCAAGUUAACGAACAUUUCGUAAACGGAACGUGGAUAAAAAUAUUCAAAUGUGAUUUCAUUGGAGUUGACGGCCAACGGUGAACUUGUUAGUUCAGUUAAUAAGUAAAUGUAAAUAAAUAAGGUUUUUACAAUUGCGUGAAGGCGUAAACGAGGACAAUACAGAUAACGCGCCAAGCUUUUCGGGGCAUGUGAUACAUAGUGAUAUAGUGCGGCGGGGAUAUCAGUCUGUGCUCCGACUAUGCGAAGACGGCCGUGCGCCUAGACGCCUUCAAACCUCUCACGGCAUUAUGCAACCGCCGCCGUAAUAGCGCCUCGAACGUACAUUAUAUUGACUUAGCAAGUUGAUAUUUUACACCAAUGCCGCAUUACUGAGAAUGGCGUUGGCGAAUUUUACGCUGGCGUCGGUCGCAGCGGCCACACCGGCCCUUGUUGAUACGUCCCCAGUGCCUGGCCCCUUGAGGCUCGGUCUAGACGACCUUCUGUACUCUCCACAGGACCACCAGCCUGACAGUGACCCUCUAGCACCUGGCAAUGAGCCCUUCGCUCCACCAGUGAACCAACAGCAACGAAGGUCUAAAAUCCGGAAACGUGCUGGCACCUCCUACCUCCCUCCUCCCAACCAGUUCACACAUUAUCCUCGUCACGAAGAAGUUCCGCAAAACCCCUACGCGGGACAGCUUCAUACCCAAAUAUAUCAACAAAACAGUAGGUUAGACAUACAAAUAGAAAACCAACGAGUGCAAGAAGUGAAUCCUCAGUACGAUAACACGGGGCAAUAUGUCCACGAUCCGACAGGGGACUACGAUUACGAGCAAAGGAGAAUAAAUCAGAAAAGUGGCCAGAGGCCGCUUUAUAAUCCAGGCUACUCGGAUGCGCCUUAUCCACCAGCGACGUCACCGAGUCCAACAUCUAGUCGAAGGUUCGAGGGUCCCUCGAACCAGAAUGUGAAUAAUUUCAACUUUGUUAAUGGACCUAUUUCAACUCCAGCGCCAUUGCAACCUCGACAGCACAUAAACCCUGGAACAAAAGGCGGCAGUGGCAGCAGCAGUGACCAGACUCCCUCCGACCGUCCUCCCGGUUUCACUAAAGUGGAAACUGGAGGAUCCGGUGGCAAAACACAGCUGCACGCCGUUCUCGACUACGACGAUGAAUACUACGACGACGAUACUGGAUCAGAUUCGGGCCAGCCUGCUGUGACGCCGGUUCAAGGGCCGAUUCUGCUCAGAAACGGAUCAGUUCCUGUGGUUCCUCUCACCUCCUACCAGACUGUUAAUAAUGGAUCAUUCUACCAAAUACCAAUCCUAUGGACGGCUCUCUCCGUGGCUCUGGGGUACGAGCUUCAAGGACAGAUCAUCAGAGGCGUGCCAUGCGUUAAGCGGAACUACCAGCUGUACUGCCCUACGGCUGGCAACACCUAUCCCUUAGACAAAAUCGAAGAGUUCAUAGACGAGAACAAAGCGCUGAUAAAACGGAUGUACGGGUCGUUCGCGACCCCUGGCGGGAGCCGCGUGCGCCGCGCGCCAGGGGUGCCGGAUAUGCACGCGGGUGAUUCCUACUUCCGUCAUGUCAGGCAGGCGUCCAACACAAACCUGCCUGAUCCGCAGUCGGUUAAUAGUACUGGCCGAGUGGACUCCUGUCAAAGUAAAACAGAGAUCAUGACGCCUUAUUGGGCGCUCAACUCUGCAAGAAAGCUACGAGCUAUCGUGAACACAAUGCACUUCGAGCAAGCCAUACACCAGGAAGUUUGCAGCAAAAAGUCAACAGCGCGAUGUAUGGGCGACUGCGGCUGCGAGCAGAAAUACAAAUGGCACCGACUACUAGCCUACGACCCUAACGACGACUGUGCCGGGAUCUUUAUGGACUGGUUCCUCUUUCCCUCUUGCUGCGUGUGCCGGUGUAAACCUUAAUUGUCCCAAAUUGUAUACUUAAUAGAAGUUAGUGUGGCUACAAUUGCGAGCAGUACUAAUAGCAUCGACUUCUGGCAUGCGACCCUGACGGCAACUGUGCCGGGAUCUUUAUGGCCUGGUUCCUCUUUCCCUCUUGCUGCGUGUGCCGGUGUAAACCUUAAUUGUCCCAAAUUGUAUACUUAAUAGAAGUUAGUGUGCCCACAAUUGCGAGCAGUACUAAUAGCAUCGACUUCUGGCAUGCGACCCUGACGACGACUGUGCCGGGAUCUUUAUGGCCUGGUUCCUCUUUUCCUCUUGCUCCGUGUGCCGGUGUAAACCUUCAUUGUCCCAAAUUGUAUACUUAAUAGAAGUUAGUGUGCCCACAAUUGCGAGCAGUACUAAUAGCAUCGACUUCUGGCAUGCGACCCUGACGACGACUGUGCCGGGAUCUUUAUGGCCUGGUUCCUCUUUUCCUCUUGCUCCGUGUGCCGGUGUAAACCUUCAUUGUCCCAAAUUGUAUACUUAAUAGAAGUUAGUGUGCCCACAAUUGCGAGCAGUACUAAUAGCAUCGACUUCUGGCAUGCGACCCUGACGACGACUGUGCCGGCAUCUUUAUGGACUGGUUCCUCAUUCCCCCAUGCUGUGUGUGCCGGUGU